AACAACCAAAUAUAUUUACUAACAAAGAAGUAUUUAAAAUUGCAUUUGAUGAAAACGAUAGUUUUUAUUCUUUGUCUAUUGCUCUUAAGAAAAUACCUACUAGUAAUGAUCUUCAUGCUCUUGCUAUUGCUGUAUUCAAUGCUCAAUAUAAACAAUUCAAUAUUUCUUCAUACCUUCUAACUUAUUUCCUUUAUCCCAACUACAGAAGUAAUAGUUUAAAAAGAAAGUUCUAUGAUAUUUGUGAAUUGGCAGUUAGUUAUUAUAAAGAUAUGCAUUAUAGUGAAAAAGAAUAUCGUGAAUUAGUAAGUCAAUUAAUAAACUACAAAGCAAAAGUUACACCCUGGGAUAUUGAGUUUUCUUCCAAUUUAAUGCCUACAACAUGGUAG